AACAACCACGACCUUGCUCUUGCUCGGGAGGUUUUGUUAUUGGAACCUUUUCGUCUAAAGGCGAGGACAGUUGAAAGAGGAAAAGUGUGGCAAACAAUAGCAGACAACCUGAAUUCGCACGCUACAUUGAGGUUUCUUGUCACAAAGAAAUCGGUGAGGGAGCAUCUUAAGCUUUUACUGGACAAGUAUCGCGCAAGAAUGCAGAAGGAACGGAGAGAUAGUUGAGUGGAAGUAG